AAUUGCAACCCAGAAACACCCAAAACCCAAACCCAAAGGCACAAACAAGUAAAGACAAAACAAGUCCCAAAAUCCUAAUCUUGCAACAGAUCAAUGGAAUUGCAAAGUCAAAGCAGAAAAACCCUAAAAAUGCGAGUAAAUGAGCAAAGGAAAGGGGGGGGGGGGUUUAGGACGCACCUCGCGCUGGAGUGGGAUCCAAAUCCAAGGUCCCGCCGGAGAUGAUGACCUCCUCUCUCAUAGAGUGGGAUCCAAAGUCACUGGGCUUCGUGUUGACCCAAUUAGUCCAGGCCCAAUUUCAUCUUCUUCCUCCUCCCGUCCUCUGCCGGUAUAACUUUUGUACCAGGGUUUGGCGAAGAGAAAAUAAGAGCGAAAAAAAAAAAAGACGAAGAAGAUGGAGGAACCCAAGAAAAGUAGUAUUCUAGUUUUGCCAUGGAUGAGGAGCCCUGUAGAUGUUAGUCAAUUUUGAAGAUUGCCCACUUAAUCUUGUCCCUUUUCUUGAUCCCAGGUUGACGGUGGUACUGCAGAAAAUGGGUGUUUCUUCACUCUUUCUGGUGCAAAUAGCAGUUUGGCAAGAGACAAUAGUGCCUGGUGCUUUUGAGCGAGAUCUCUGCAUAAAUUUGCCAACAGGAAGUGGGAAAACUUUGGCUUAUGCUUUGCCAAUAGUGCAGAUGCUAUCGACUCAUUGUGUAAAGUGUCUACGUGCUCUGGUUGUGUUGCCUACCCAUGAUUUAGCUCUACAGGUUAAGGAAGUUUUUGCAGCCAUUGCACCUGCAGUAGGCUUAUCUGUUGGUUUGGCUGUCGGCCAAUCUUCAAUUGCUGAUGAAAUUUCAGAACUUAUUGAGAAACCUAAUCUCAAGGCAGGCAUCUGUUAUGACCCAGAAGAAGUUACACAAGCAUUGCAAUCUUCCGUUGACAUACUGGUGGCAACUCCAGGAAGGCUAAUGGACCACAUUAACACCACCAAGGGAUUUACACUUGAGCAUCUCUGUUACCUUGUAGUUGAUGAAACAGAUCGCAUGCUUAGGGAGGCAUAUCAGUCCUGGCUACCAACAGUGCUUCAAUUAACUAAAUCUAAUUAUGAUAUCCUCUUUUUACCUCUACUCAUCCAUUUGUUCCAUCGAUAUUUGGUUCCUUAAGAACCAUUAGGCGAUGUGGAGUUGAAAGGGGUUUCAAGAGUAAAUCUUAUCCAAGGCUUGUGAAGAUGGUAUUAUCUGCUACAUUAACCCAAGAUCCAAGCAAACUUGCUCAGCUUGAUUUGCAUCACCCUUUACUAUUGACAACUGGGAAGAGGCGUUACCAACUCCCUGAAAAAUUGGAAUCUUAUAAGCUGAUAUGUGAAUCAAACCUCAGGCCCCUUUAUCUUGUUGCACUUCUACAAGAUCUAGAGGAAGAGAAGUGCAUUGUCUUAUCAUCAUCCACAGAGUCUACCCAUUGCCUCUGUACCUUGCUAAAUCUUUUUGGUGAUUUGAAAAUAAAGAACAAGGAGUAUUCAGGUCUCCAACGACAAUCUAUAGAAGGUAAUCUGCAAACUCAUUUCUUUUCAUUCGUAAUUUCUCAAUUGAGCUUUAUCUGCUCUUUGUGGUAUUUUUUGGCAAUAUAAUAAGUCUCUGAUU